CUUUCAUUCCGAUUCUGAUUUUUUUUUCCUUUUAACCUUCUUUUGGUUCUUGUGGCUGAGAUUAAUUUGUUGCGCAAUCUAUUUAUAUCAUGUACGAUGUUACAGUAAUUACUGGGGUUUUGUGGGGCUCAAAUUUUUCACAUAAAAUUGGUUGCUUCAGCGAACCUUUCACAGUCGCGCUCGGGAUUAGGUUUUUACUUGGCUGUGAAUAUAGUUUGUUGGGUGUUGGAACUAAAAUAUCUUUUUGACUGUUGGCUAAGGUGUCAGAAACUUGAUGGUAAUAGGAUAGGAACAGGACAAGGGUUCCCCAGUUUAGCUUUUGCAUCCCAUGUGUUUGAGAGGUGAUUAUUUUCUAAUCACUUGCUGGUGCUCUUGAACUCUGAUAAAUACCCAUAAACCCACUCCUUUAAUGGUAUCUACAGUGACCGACUGUUAGCUUUUUUCGUUGAAUCUUACAAAGGUCAGCAAUUCACAAGAGUGCUUAUGUUUCGAAUUCUGAAGCAAAUCUUCAUCCAAUUCUUGCCCAUCUCAGUAUUCUUGCUUUGCUUCAGCUCCUUGGGAUUAGUUGCUUCUGUUGGCUUCACCGUAUACUAGCACUUACUAUCCAACGUAUCAGGCCGAUCACCACCCGUUAUUUAGCAGGCCAUCAAAGUUAAUAGUAGUGCUUGCCAUGGAGAUAGUCUAGAAUUAUUUUUCCCAUCACGCAAUUCCAUGAAUCUGUGGCAUUUAAGAUGGAUUUAACCUAGAUCUUAGAGCAGUUACCUAGAAACCUUUUGCUUCUUACUAUAAUAAAAUUCUAGUUGAUUCAAGCGAGACUUAAUGACUGUUGAUGAAGUGGGUAGUAGCUCUGUGUGGAGCAGAGAGCAGGAUAAAGCAUUUGAAAAUGCCCUAGCAACUCAUCCAGAAGAUGCAUCAGAUCGAUGGGAGAAGAUUGCAGCUGAUGUACCAGGGAAAACUGUAGAAGAGAUUAAACAUCACUACGAGCUAUUGGUUGAGGAUCUUAACCAGAUCGAAUCUGGUUGUGUGCCUAUACCUUCCUAUAAUUCUUCUUCAGAGGGGUCAACCAGCCAUGCUAGUGAUGAAGGUGGGGGCAAGAAGGGUUCUGGGCAUUAUAACAGUGAGUCUAAUCAUGGAACCAAGGCUUCAAGAUCAGAUCAGGAACGACGAAAGGGUAUUGCUUGGACAGAAGAUGAACACAGGUUAUUUCUUCUUGGCUUGGAGAAGUAUGGAAAAGGUGACUGGCGAAGCAUAUCAAGGCACUUUGUGGUGACAAGAACGCCCACUCAAGUAGCAAGCCAUGCUCAAAAAUACUUCAUUCGUUUGAACUCCAUGAAUAAAGAUAGAAGAAGAUCCAGUAUACAUGAUAUCACCAGUGUGAACAACGGAGACAUUUCAGCUCCUCAAGGACCGAUCACUGGUCAAACAAACGGUUCUUCUACAUCCAAUGCUGCUGCCAAAUCAAGCAAACAAGCCCCUCAAACUCCAAACGGACCUCCUGGUGUAGGAAUAUAUGGUACCCCAACUAUUGGGCAACCUAUUGGAGGACCCCUGGUCUCUGCAGUGGGCACACCGGUAAAUCUUCCUGGGCCACCACAUAUGGCGUAUGGGGUCCGAGCACCAGUUCCCGGCACGGUUGUUCCUGGUGCCCCAAUGAACAUGGGUCCUAUGACAUACCCUAUGCCACACACAUCCGCUCAUAGGUGAGGUUAUUGGUAUUUAGAGGCCAAAUGUACAAAGAAACAGCAGACUAGAAGGCCUAUUCACUUUAAUUCUUUCGCUAGACAUUGAGUAUUAUGCUUGAUCAGUGAUAAUAAGCUAUAUGCUACGGUGAAGCACUUGAAUGAAUCGCACAUGAAUCUGUAUCAGCUGCACUGGAGUCCUUGGCAGUCCUGCCAUAGGACGAGCAUAAAAAGGAUUGGUUGCUCUGUAGACCUUAAAUUGAUAUGUUGUUCAUAGAAUUUGCUCCUUGUGUAGAGAAGAGUUCUAUGCCCUUGAAUUUUACAGCGCCCCUUGCCUUC